UAGGUCCAUUCGAUCUCCUCCUCAACCAUAUCGACAUUUGUCUUCUUCCUCCCUCUCCCUCCACCUUUCUCUGUAGAGCUCCACUGACUUCUUUACUUUCUGCAUUUCUCUCUCUCUCUUUCUCACAUACAUCUUCGAAAACCUGCGCACCGCGUUUUCCCUUUUUCCCGGAUUCUGUACGCGUCAUCCCGCAAAUUCCACUCCAUUAAAAUUCCGCCCAUAUCUAGUCCACGAAAUAUCAAGCGCGCACAUCAUAUAUAACCACCCCACCCACCUACCGAAGCUAUAGAGAGCUUUCGCUCGCGUUCUUCCUUGGCGACCGAGAAGAGAUGAAGGGCCUCGCCAAGCACGGGCGCCGGUGGGCGUCCGACACCGUCCCCGGCAAGUCACCGGCCAGCGACAGCACUUCGCCGGCGGGUACGGAGGCCAGCUACGGCGAGGAGCUCGUGGAGGUGACCCUCGACCUGCAGGAGGACGACACGAUCGUCCUCCGCAGCGUCGAGCCCGCCACGGCAGCCUCCGCGUUGACUAUCAAGAUCGACGACGACGACGGCGGCGGCGGCGGCGGCGGCGGCGGCAGCGGGGCCGAGACGCCCCGCGCGGCUUCCUCCUCGGCCCCGUCCCGGUCGCCGGCGAUGCGCCGCAGCUCGUCGAGCCGGCUCCGGCAGUUCUCGCAGGAGCUGAAGGCGGAGGCGGUGGCCAAGGCGCGGCAGUUCUCGCAGGAGCUCAAGGCGGAGCUGCGGCGGUUCUCGUGGAGCCACGGCCACGCGUCCCGCGUGCUCUCAGCGUCCACGUCGUCCGCCGGCCAGAAUGCCGGCGGCUUCGACGUGGCCCUGGCGGCCCGGGCCCUGCGGAAGCAGCGCGCGCAGCUCGACCGGAACCGCUCGGGCGCCCAAAAGGCCUUGCGCGGGCUGCGGUUCAUCAGCAACAGCAAGACCAACUGCAGCAUCGAUGCAUGGAACGAAAUUCAGGCUAGCUUCGAUAAGCUUGCCAAAGAUGGUUGUCUCUAUCGUCAAGAUUUCGCACAAUGCAUAGGAAUGAAAGAUUCGAAGGAGUUUGCUUUGGAACUGUUCGAUGCAUUGGGGAGGAGGAGGAGAAUGAAGGUCGACAGGAUCAGCAAAGACGAGCUCCACGAGUUCUGGUGUCAGAUCACUGAUCAGAGCUUCGAUUCACGUCUCCAGAUCUUCUUCGACAUGGUAGACAAGAACGAGGACGGAAGAAUCACCGGAGAAGAAGUAAAAGAGAUCAUAAUGCUGAGCGCCUCGGCGAAUCGAUUAUCGAGGUUGAAGGAGCAGGCGGAGGAGUACGCAGCUCUGAUCAUGGAAGAACUGGAUCCGGAGCAGCUCGGCUACAUCGAGCUAUGGCAACUGGAGACGCUGCUGCUACAGAAGGAUACGUACCUAAACUACAGCCAGGCGCUGAGCUACACGAGCCAAGCGCUGAGCCAAAACCUGCAGGGCCUGAGGAGGAGGAGCCGCAUCAGGAGACUGAGCACCAAGUGCCUGUACUAUCUGGAAGAGAACUGGAGGAGGAUUUGGGUGGUGACCUUGUGGGUCAUGAUCAUGAUCGGCCUCUUCACCUGGAAGUUCGUGCAGUACAAGCAGAAGGCCGCCUUCCAGGUCAUGGGCUAUUGCCUCCUCACGGCGAAGGGGGCCGCCGAGACGCUCAAGUUCAACAUGGCCCUCAUCCUGCUGCCGGUGUGCCGGAACACCAUCACUUGGCUCCGCAACACGAGGGUCGGCCUCUUCAUACCCUUCGACGACAACAUCAACUUUCACAAGACGAUUGCUGCUGCUAUUGUAGUUGGUGUCAUCCUCCAUGUGGGUGACCAUCUUGCGUGCGAUUUUGUGAGGCUUGAACAUGCGUCUAAAGACGUCUAUCAUAGAUACUUGGAGGAUGAUUUUGGUAAUCCGAAGCCGACGUACUUUGAUCUUGUCAAGGGGAUUGAAGGUGUGACUGGGAUCCUCAUGGUGAUCUUGAUGUUAAUAGCCUUCACAUUGGCUACCCGAUGGUUCCGCCGAAGCCUCGUCAAGUUACCGAAACCAUUCGACCGGCUCACUGGUUUCAAUGCAUUUUGGUACUCACACCACCUGUUCGUGCUCGUCUAUAUCCUGCUCAUCAUUCACGGAGUCUUCCUUUACCUCGUUCACCACUGGUACCGCAAGACGACGUGGAUGUAUCUUGCUGUUCCUGUAUUGCUCUAUGCCGGAGAAAGGACCCUGAGAUUCUUCAGGUCUGGAAUGUACACGGUCCGACUGCUGAAGGUUGCGAUCUACCCAGGAAAUGUCUUGACGUUAAAGAUGUCGAAGCCUCCCCAAUUUAAGUACAAAAGCGGGCAGUACAUGUUUGUUCAGUGUCCUGCGGUUUCUCCAUUCGAGUGGCACCCAUUUUCGAUAACCUCAGCUCCCGGUGACGACUUCCUCAGUGUUCACAUCCGGCAACUUGGCGACUGGACGCAAGAGCUCAAAAGGGUGUUCGCCGAGGCUUGUGAGCCUCCUGUUGCAGGAAAGAGUGGCCUCCUCAGGGCUGAUGAAACAACCAAGAAAAGUUUGCCGAAGCUCUGCAUAGACGGCCCAUAUGGCGCUCCAGCACAAGACUACAAAAAAUACGAUGUGUUGCUGCUGGUUGGUCUCGGAAUUGGGGCAACGCCUUUCAUUAGUAUCCUCAAAGAUUUAAUCAACACCAUUGUCAAAAGCGAGGAGCAAGCAGACUCAGUCACAGAUGUCAGUAGGAACUCGGAUUUAAGCAUCGGGAGCGUUGAGUCACCUGGCCCGAACCGGGUCUCCCCAAGGCGCAGGAAGACUCUGAAAACCACCAAUGCGUACUUCUACUGGGUGACGAGAGAACAAGGGUCAUUCGAUUGGUUCAAGGGGGUCAUGAAUGAGGUCGCGGAGAUUGACCAAAGGGGGGUGAUUGAGAUGCACAAUUAUUUGACCAGUGUGUACGAGGAAGGUGAUGCAAGAUCAGCUCUCAUUACUAUGGUCCAAGCUCUUAAUCAUGCCAAGAAUGGGAUAGACAUUGUGUCUGGGACAACGGUAAGGACUCAUUUUGCAAGACCCAACUGGAAAAAGGCUUUCAAUAAACUAUGCUCCAAGCACAGCGGUGCAAGAAUAGGUGUUUUCUACUGUGGAGCGCCUGUUCUGGCCAAGGAGCUGAGCAAGCUCUGCUACGAAUUCAACCAGAAAGGCCCCACCAAAUUCGACUUCCACAAGGAGCAUUUCUAAGGACACACACGUGGCUCUCAAGAUCCCAUUAGCCUUCCUCCACCCAAAGAGAGUGAAGAAACUCUCCUUCUUUUUCUGUCUUAGAUAAUAUUUCAACAGUUGAAAGAUUUUUGUACAGAAUUUGGGUAGAAGAGUAGAGAACCAAUAAGGUUUAGUGUCGGUACAGUUGCUGUAAUUACUGACAAUAUAGCUAUAGCUAUAGCACACCAGAGAAGAAAAAGAAAACCAGAAAAAAACAAGAGAAAGAAUAGAGAGAGAAAAGGGAAAGCUUGUCACUCCACCUCGUGCACGCACGUGGCUACGGUGCGGGCUGGCGAGAAGUGGAUGGCGGUCCAGGACGGACGACAAGUGCGGAACAGCUGCCAAAGGAACAGGUUUAACCUCAGCGCGCUCCAGCGCAGGCCUUCUGACAGCGAAACGACAGUGCGUUUCAUGAUUGGGCUGCACAUUCAUUCAUGGGUGGGGGUGGUGGAGGGGUUUAGACGGUGACGUUUUCUUUUUGUCUAUCUAACUGGGAUGGGCCUAAAAAUAUAUAUUAUUAUUAUUAUUAUUUUUUUUUUUAUUGCGGGUGGGGGGCUCCAAAAACCCUUCGAGAAUCAAGGGAAAAGGUCAAGACACGUGUUAUGCGAGUUCCUCUCUCUUUUCUUUUAGAUAUUAUUUUUUGAAUUUUAUCCAUAGAAUAAGGGAGCUUAUUAUAGUGUGUAGAGAGUGAUAAUCACACUAUUGAUUUUUAUUUUUUGUGUUGCAUUAAUGUCCUAAUGCUUGGCAAAUGAGGGGGGUUUGCCAAUUAUACGCUCCAGUCAUUUGAGUAAAAUGGGUAUUGGUUUAUUUAAUCGACCUUUUUAGUGCU